CAGCAGCUGACGAAUAGAUCCGACCUCCGCGGCGCGCACACACAGCGAGUGUGGGCAUGAACACGGGCCGGGCUCGGGAAUUUUUGGUCAAAGGUUUGCUCUCGGUUCCACAUUUCUUCUCUACUAACAAUCAACUCUGAGCAGAAGUUACGCGUAAAACUCUCACAGGACGCACAGACAGAGAGGCAGAGAAGUCGGCUACCUGAACUUGACCUGAGGAUAACUUUGAUCCACAGUGUUGCUCUCCGGACUACACCUCAGAGGGAAUAUGACAGCUGGCCACUGAAGGAGUGAUAAUCGGUGUACGCGCUUGGUGUCUCUUGAGGUGACCGCACGGCCACAUUAUGCAGCAUCCUUUGGACAUGGGGGCGCAUUACUAUCCUCCGGAAGUUCACCCUGACCACAGAACCCAUCGCUACAGGAGUUUCAUGAUAGAGGAGAUCCUGACUGAUCAUCCGGAGCACAAAGCGUCGGCUCCGGCCGGGGAGCUCCUUAAAUUCGGUGUACAGGCUCUCCUGUCCGCCCGGCCUUUCCAUAACCAACUGGUCCUCAAAGCCGACCAGACCAGCCUCCUCAAGUUCCCCAUGUCCCCGCUGUCCUGCUCGCUCGGCUCCCCGCUCGGCUCCCCGCUCGGCUCCCCUCUGCUGUCCGCCGCUUCGGGCCUGCAGCUCGGCGCUGCGUCUCACCACCUGCCGCUGGACCUGCACCUCCGCGGGAAGCUGGAGCACGGAGGCGACGGAGGCAGCAAGACCAAGAAGGGCCGCCGGAGCCGCACUGUGUUCACCGAGCUGCAGCUCAUGGGGCUGGAGAAGCGCUUCGAGAAGCAGAAGUAUCUGUCUACGCCUGAUAGAAUAGACCUGGCGGAGUCGUUGGGCCUCAGUCAGCUGCAAGUGAAAACAUGGUACCAGAACAGAAGGAUGAAAUGGAAGAAAAUUGUGUUGCAGGGAGGAGGCCUGGAGUCACCCACGAAACCAAAAGGCCGCCCAAAGAAGAACUCCAUCCCCAGCAGCGAGCAGCUGUCUGAACAAGAACGAUCCACCGCCGACACUGACCGCCAGUCCGAAGGCUCGAGCUCCCACUUAGAGAGCACUCAGGAGGAAUGACCCGGCAGAUAUCUGACUCUAUACACAGAGCCUCUGGGACGCUCAGGAUGGUGCCAGACUGUAAAACGGAGCGGAGAGGAUGUUCUGACGCUCCUCGAAGCCGGACCGUCUUUGUGCAGACUCCAAAGACUUGCAGGCCCCGCAGGAGCCUGAACUGUAGAAGCCGACAUCCUCCAACAGCCAUGUGUUUUUUUGUCGUAGCCCUACCAUGCAUUCCCUCAUGAUGAACUUGCUGCUGUUGAAGAGGGAGCUCAAACCUUUGCAGUAGGUCUAAACUUUAUAUUCUAUGGAUCCACUCUCACUCAUCUGUUGUUGCAUUCCCUUUGUGUAACUAUGCUAUGUUUAAUUAUUAAAUAUAUUUUCACUAA